AUGAAGGACAUUGACAUAGGAAAAGAAUACAUCAUCCCCAGCCCUGGUUAUAGAAAUGUGCGGGAAAGAACCAGCAAUUCAGGGCAGCACCGAGACCGCGAGGACUCCAAGUACAAGAGAACUCAACCGUUGGAUUGCCAGGAUGCCUUGGAAACAGCAGCCCGAGCAGAGGGCCUUUCCCUGGACCCCUCCAUGCAUUCUCAGCUCAGAAUACUGGAUGAGGAACAUCCCAAGGGAAAGUACCAUCAUAGCUUAAGUGUUCUGAAGCCCAUCCGGACCACUUCCAAACACCAGCACCCAGUGGACAAUGCUGGGCUCUUCUCCUGUAUGACUUUUUCUUGGCUUUCUCCUCUGGCUCGAAAAGCCCACAAGAAGGGGGAGCUCUUGAUGGAGGAUGUGUGGUCUUUGUCCAAGUAUGAGUCUUCCGAGGUGAACUGCAGAAGACUAGAGAGACUGUGGCAAGAAGAGCUGAAUGAAGUUGGGCCCGACGCUGCUUCCCUCCGGAGGGUUGUGUGGACCUUCUGCCGCACCAGGCUCAUCCUCUCCAUCGUGUGCCUGAUGAUCACGCAGCUGGCGGGCUUCAGUGGACCAGCCUUCGUGGUGAAACACCUCCUGGAGUACACCCAGGACACAGAGUCUAACCUCCAGUACAGCUUGCUGCUAGUCCUGGGCCUCCUCCUGACAGAAACCGUGCGUUCUUGGUCACUUGCACUGACAUGGGCGUUGAAUUACCGAACUGGGGUACGCUUGCGGGGAGCCAUCCUAACCAUGGCGUUUAAGAAGAUCCUUAAGCUGAAGAACAUUAAGGAGAAGUCUGUGGGUGAGCUCAUCAACCUGUGCUCAAACGAUGGACAGAGGAUGUUCGAGGCAGCUGCUGUUGGCAGCUUGCUGGCUGGAGGACCUGUUAUUGCCAUCUUGGGCAUGGUUUAUAAUGUAAUUAUUCUGGGACCAACAGGCUUCCUGGGAUCAGCUGUUUUUAUCCUCUUUUAUCCUGCAAUGAUGUUUGUAUCACGGAUCACUGCGUAUUUCAGGAGAAAAUGUGUGACCAUCACAGAUGACCGUGUCCAGAAGAUGAAUGAAGUCCUCACCUACAUUAAAUUUAUUAAAAUGUAUGCCUGGGUCAAAGCAUUCUCUCAGAGUGUACAAAAAAUCCGAGAGGAUGAACGUCGAAUGUUGGAAAAAGCCGGGUACUUUCAGAGCAUCACUGUCGGCGUGGCUCCUAUUGUGAUGGUGAUCGCCAGCGUGGUGACCUUUUCUGUUCACAUGACCCUUGGCUUUGAUCUAACAGCAGCACAGGCUUUCACAGUAGUAACUGUCUUCAAUUCCAUGACUUUUGCUUUGAAAGUUACACCGUUUUCAGUAAAGUCCCUCUCAGAAGCAUCUGUGGCUGUUGACAGAUUUAAGAGUUUGUUUCUAAUGGAAGAGGUUCACAUGAUAAAGAAAAAACCAGCCAGCCCUCACCUCACGAUAGAGAUGAAAAAUGCCACCUUGGCAUGGGACUCCUCCCACUCCAGUAUCCAGAACUCACCCAAGCUGACCCCCAAAACGAAAAAAGACAAGAGGGCUGCCAGGGGCAAGAAAGAGAAGGUGAGGCAGCUGCAGCGCACUGAGCACCAGGCGGUGCUGGCAGAGCAGAAGGGCCACCUCCUCCUGGACAGUGACGAGCGGCCCAGCCCUGAGGAGGACGAGGGCAAGCACAUCCACCUGGGGAGCCUCCGCCUGCAGAGGACGCUCUACAACAUCGACCUGGAGAUCGAAGAGGGUAAACUGGUUGGAAUCUGUGGCAGUGUGGGAAGUGGAAAAACUUCUCUCAUUUCAUCCAUUUUAGGCCAGAUGACACUUCUAGAGGGCAGCAUUGCAGUCAAUGGAACCUUCGCUUAUGUGGCCCAGCAGGCCUGGAUCCUCAAUGCCACUCUGAGAGACAACAUCCUCUUUGGGAAGGAAUUUGAUGAAGAAAGAUACAACUCUGUGCUGAACUGCUGCUGCCUGAGGCCUGACCUGGCCAUCCUUCCCCACAGUGACCUGACAGAGAUUGGUGAGCGAGGAGCCAACCUGAGUGGCGGGCAACGCCAGAGGAUCAGCCUUGCCCGGGCCUUGUAUAGUGACCGAGACAUCUAUAUCCUGGACGACCCCCUCAGUGCCUUAGACGCCCACGUGGGCAAUCACAUCUUCAACAGUGCUAUCCAGAAGCAUCUCAAGUCCAAGACGGUUCUGUUCAUUACCCACCAGUUACAGUACCUGGCUGACUGUGAUGAAGUGAUCUUCAUGAAAGAGGGCUGUAUUACAGAAAGAGGCACUCAUGAGGAAUUGAUGAAUCUGAAUGGUGAUUAUGCUACUAUUUUUAAUAACCUGUUGCUGGGAGAGACACCCCCAGUUGAGAUUAAUUCAAAAAAGGAAACCAGUGGUUCACAGAAGAAAACACAAGAGAAGGGUCCUAAAACAGGAUCAGUAAAGAAGGAGAAAGCAGUGAAGCCAGAGGAAGGGCAGCUCGUGCAAAUGGAAGAGAAGGGGCAGGGUUCUGUGCCCUGGUCAGUGUAUGGUGUCUACAUCCAGGCUGCUGGGGGCCCUUUGGCAUUCCUGGUCAUUCUGUCCCUUUUCAUGCUGAAUGUGGGCAGCACUGCUUUCAGCAACUGGUGGUUGAGUUACUGGAUCAAGCAAGGAAGUGGGAACACCACGGUGACUCAAGAAAACAGGACGUCUGUGAGCAACAGCAUGAAGGACAAUCCUCUCAUGCACUACUAUGCCAGCAUCUACGCCCUCUCCAUGGCAGUCAUGCUGAUCCUAAAAGCCAUUCGCGGAGUGGUCUUUGUCAAGGGCACAUUGCGAGCCUCCUCCCGGCUCCAUGAUGAGCUUUUCCGAAGAAUCCUUCGAAGCCCUAUGAAGUUUUUUGACACUACCCCCACGGGAAGAAUUCUCAACAGGUUUUCCAAAGACAUGGAUGAAGUCGAUGUGCGCCUGCCAUUCCAGGCCGAGAUGUUCAUUCAGAACGUCAUCUUGGUGUUCUUCUGUGUUGGAAUGAUUGCGGGAGUUUUCCCAUGGUUCCUCGUGGCAGUGGGACCCCUUGUCAUCCUCUUUUCAAUUCUGCACAUUGUCUCCAGGGUCCUGAUCCGAGAACUAAAGCGUCUGGAUAAUAUCACGCAGUCACCUUUCCUUUCCCACAUCACAUCCAGCAUACAGGGCCUUGCCACCAUCCACGCCUACAACAAAGGGCAGGAAUUUCUACACAGGUACCAGGAGCUACUGGAUAACAACCAGAGUCCUUUCUUCCUGUUCACUUGUGCGAUGCGGUGGCUGGCGGUGCGGCUGGACCUCAUCAGCAUUGCCCUGAUCACCACCACUGGGCUGAUGAUUGUUCUCAUGCACGGGCAGAUUCCCCCGGCCUACGCAGGGCUUGCCAUCUCCUAUGCUGUGCAGUUGACAGGGCUGUUCCAGUUUACUGUCAGACUGGCAUCGGAGACAGAAGCCCGCUUCACCUCAGUGGAGAGGAUUAACCACUACAUCAAGACUCUAUCUUUGGAAGCACCUGCCAGAAUUAAGAAUAAGGCUCCCUCCCCUGACUGGCCCCAAGAAGGAGAGAUCACCUUUGAGAAUGCAGAGAUGAGGUACCAAGAAAAUCUCCCUCUGGUCCUGAAGAAAGUGUCCUUCACCAUCAAACCCAAGGAGAAGAUUGGCAUUGUGGGUCGAACAGGAUCAGGGAAGUCCUCUCUGGGCAUGGCCCUCUUCCGCCUGGUGGAGUUGUGUGGAGGCUGCAUCAAGAUUGAUGGAGUGAGGAUCAGUGACAUUGGCCUUGCUGACCUCCGGAGCAAGCUCUCCAUCAUUCCCCAGGAGCCGGUGCUGUUCAGCGGUACUGUCAGAUCAAAUUUGGAUCCCUUCAACCAGUACACUGAAGACCAGAUCUGGGAUGCCCUAGAAAGGACACACAUGAAAGAAUGUAUUGCUCAGCUACCUCUGAAACUUGAAUCUGAAGUGAUGGAGAAUGGGGAUAACUUCUCAGUGGGGGAACGGCAGCUCAUGUGCAUAGCUAGAGCCUUACUCCGUCACUGUAAGAUUCUGAUUCUAGAUGAAGCCACAGCUGCCAUGGACACAGAGACAGACUUACUGAUCCAAGAGACCAUCCGAGAAGCGUUCGCUGACUGCACCAUGCUGACGAUUGCCCAUCGCCUACACACAGUCCUAGGCUCUGAUAGGAUUAUGGUGCUGGCCCAGGGGCAGGUGGUGGAAUUCGACACCCCAUCGGUCCUUCUUUCCAACGACAGCUCCCGGUUCUACGCCAUGUUUGCUGCUGCAGAGAACAAGAUCGCCGUCAAGGGCUAA